GUAAUGAGCACCUGCACACAGCACGCGCAGCCUAAAAAAAAUUUCAAAGAAUUCCAAAGAACAUUCUAAGCUUACCAAUACUUAAGGCAGGCAAAUUAUACGGGGAGUUACCAACCAGAGUUAAGCAGCACACAGUAGAUUAGUGAUGGUUAAAGAUACAAAGUUUUAUGAUGCGUUGGGAGUCCAACCCAAUGCCUCCGAUAGUGAGUUAAAGAAAGCAUACAGAAAGGCUGCGUUAAAAUAUCAUCCAGAUAAGAAUCCUUCACCAGAAGCAGCUGAGAAGUUUAAAGAAAUUUCUCAUGCUUAUGAAAUUUUAUCAGAUGAUCAAAAGAGAGAAAUUUAUGAUUCUUAUGGUGAAGAAGGUUUAAGUGGUCAAGGUGGACCAGGAGGAAUGGGAGCUGAAGAUAUAUUUUCACAAUUCUUUGGUGGAUCAUUUGGUGGAGCCGGAGCUGGACGUCCAACUAGAGGUAAAGAUAUUAAACAUGCUAUUUCUUGUACUUUAGAAGAAUUAUAUAAGGGAAGAACUGCUAAAUUGGCUUUAAAUAAAACUGUCUUGUGUAAUACUUGUAAUGGUUUAGGAGGUAAAGAAGGUAAAGUUAAAAAAUGUUCUGGUUGUAAUGGUACUGGUACAAGAUUUGUUACUAGACAAAUGGGUCCAAUGAUUCAAAGAUUUCAAACCACUUGUGAUACUUGUCAAGGUACUGGAGAUAUUUGUGAUCCAAAAGAUCGUUGUACUACUUGUAAAGGUAAGAAGACUCAACAAGAACGUAAAAUUUUACAAGUUCAUAUUGAUCCAGGUAUGAAAGAUGGUCAAAGAAUUGUCUUUUCUGGUGAAGGUGAUCAAGAACCAGGUAUUACUCCCGGUGAUGUUAUAUUUGCCGUUGAUGAAAGACCUCAUGAUAAAUUUACUAGAAAGGGUAAUGAUUUAUAUUAUGAAGCAGAAAUUGAUUUAUUAACCGCUUUAGCUGGUGGUGAAUUUGCUUUUAAACAUGUAUCUGGUGAUUAUGUUAAAGUCACUCUUUAUCCUGGUGAUGUUAUAUCUCCUGGAGCUGUUAAAGUUGUUGAAAAUCAAGGUAUGCCAAUCUAUAGACAAGGUGGUAAAGGUAAUUUAUUCAUUAAAUUUGCAAUUAAAUUCCCAACUAAGGGAUUCGCUGAUGAAGCUAAAUUAAAAGAAUUAGAAUCUAUUUUACCUGCUAGAACUAAAGUUUCAAUUCCAAAGGGAUCUGAAAUUGAUGAUGUUGAAGUUGUAGAUGUUGAUCCUUACAAACAUACUGCUGGAUCUAGACGUGAUGCAUAUGAUUCAGAUGAAGAAGAAGGUCAUCAAGGUCCAGGAGUACAAUGUGCUUCUCAAUAGAGAUUUAAUAAAUAUUAAGCUAUUUAAGUGUUUGGUAUUGGGGAUAUAGAUUCUUGACAAGGCAGUUAUAGUCUGAACUAUCUAGACUAAUUUAUU